AUGGCGAUACGUGAGGCUCUUUCAUGGUUACAAGAUCACAGUUACCACAAUGUUCAGAUUUUAUCGGACUGUGCGGUUCUCGUUGCUAAUUUUCGGGAUGCCAGUUCUUAUCGUUCAUAUCUUGGCCUACCAAAUUUGAAAAUUCUGCAUUUACGAGAUAAUAGCUUCAAUAAUUCCAUAUUCUCAAGUCUUAAGCAGUUUCCAUCGUUAAGGUUCUUAGACCUUUCUGCAAAUGAUGCUAUAAAAGGAUCACUACAAGUAAACGAGCUACUCGCGUUGACCAAAUUGGAAGAAUUGGAUUUAAGUGAGACUGGAGUCGACAACUUUAUCACCACUAAAGGCAUUGUAAAUGUAAGCAGCCAUCUUCAAGUGCUACAUCUAGAUGGACUAGAUAAAUCAACCUCCAACUACAGCAAAUUGCUACAAUCUUUGACAGUUUUUCCAUCACUCAACACCCUCUACUUUCAACAUAAUGUGAUUGCAGAAACUCAUUACUUGAAAAAUCUGAGCAAAUUGGAAAAUCUGAUCUUGGAUGGUUCCCCUCAUGACAAAAAUGUCUUUAGCAGCAUUGGAGGAUUGAAGUAUCUCAAAGUUAUUUCACUUUCUGGGUGUGGACUUAGUGGAUCCUUGCCUAAUAAAGGUUGGUGUGAGCUUAAAAACCUCCAAGAGUUCAGACUUAGUAACAACGAGUUCAAUGGAGUGCUUCCCCCUUGUCUAGGAAACUUGACUUCACUUCGAUUGAUUGAUCUAUCAUCUAAUCAAUUCUCUGGUAACAUAGCUACCUCCGCCUUAUCUAGAUUAACAUCACUUGAAGCUUUAACUAUUCCGAAUAACCACUUCCAAAUCCCCAUCUCUUUUGACUCAUUUAGCAAUCACUCAAAUCUCAAAUCCAUAUUUGCCGCCAACAAUGAAGUGAUUUUGGAAACUAGUUUCAAAAACCCUACUACCCCAUCCUACAAACUAGAGUUUCUUAGUCUCUCCAAUUGUGUAGGGCAAUAUCCUAGAUUACCAAGCUUUCUUCUUCACCAAAAUGAGUUAAGAAUCAUUGAUUUGUCAAGUAAUAAUGUUGGAGGUGAUUUCCCUGCUUGGUUGUUGGAAAAUAACACAAAACUAGAAGGGUUUUACUUGGGUGGCAAUGCUUUUAAAGGAAACCUCAAGUUUCCACAAAAACCUAAUUUCCACCUUACCACUGUCAAUAUCUCUGAGAACAACAUAUGUGGACAAAUCCCAGAAAAUAUAAAUGUUGCCUUUCCAAACAUGGAGGCACUAACCAUGUCUUGGAACAACCUUGUUGGUAGCUUACCUUCUAGUUUUGGUGACCUUAAUUCCUUAAGGUAUCUUGAUUUGUCUAACAACAACCUGACAGGGGAAUUGCCACAGAAGUUAGCUACUAAUUGUCACUCUUUAAUUUAUACCUUUUGAAACUGUCAAAUAACAAGUUCCAAGGCCAAAUAUUUCCAGGA